CGUCUUGAGCAGAGGGAAUAGGAGAAGACUAGAGGAGGACAGAUUCCGUGAAAGCGAAGCCACUAUUCUGGAAUUGAUACUACGAUGUAUCUUACGACGGGACCCGCUAACGGGAACGGGGGUAACGGCGGAGGCACAAGGAACUAUGGAGGAAAUAAUUUUGCCGCCCAAGGGAACCCCGUCGGACGAGGAUAUGGGGGUUAUGGGGGUGCUGGAGGGACAGGUGGACCUAGCGGCAGAUGCUACAACUGUGGGAAGAGCGGACACUACGCGCGGGACUGCUGGGCGAAACGAGGAAGACCGACGUACCAGAACCAGCCUUAUCCAGAGAUCGAGGAAAUGAAGGAGCAGUUCAGACUCGUCAGGAAGGAGAAACAAGAACAAAAAGAGAGGGGGAGAGAUGAAGAGGAGAGGAAGGCCAAGGAAGAGGAAGAAAAUCGGCGGAAUCUAGACUUCGCAAGGAAAAUGGAAGAACUGAAGUUGCAACUACGAAUCGAUCUCAACGAGGAAUGGAAGAAGAAAAAUCAAGCCGCAGAGGAAGCAGUGGCGAGAUCGAGAAAACGAGAGAAGAGGGGGAGACCGAGGACCGGAGGCAGGAGAGGGAAGAAGACGACUACCAUGAAGGAAUGCACACCGAUAGGAUAUGAACGAGGUGAAUGUUCCAAGAAGCUGCCACCGGAAGGAUGGGGAAGCAAGCUGCGUGAAGGUGCUAGAACCGUCGAUGAGCAGCACAAGGACAUGGAACCCAAGACACCACUUUCGGACGGCUACAAAGAGCUGUCAGCAGGUUGCUCUCAAAAGGGUCUAAUCGAGUAUUGUAUGUCAACACAUAAGAUCUACUCGGAGAAGAAAGCAAACACACUAAGGAGGAUCUGUGAGAAGAGAGGGAUCAAGUAUACGAAGAAACCAGAAAUCGUGGAGUUACUGGCGAAGCAACAAGUACAGCUUGCGUACGAGGGUUUCGACGAGACCAAGAUGGAAGAAGACGUAAAAGGGAAAGGCAAAGCUACGGAGACGCCGAGGAAGGAGACCGUUAAGGACAAGGUGGUUUUGGAGACAUCGGAAUCUCGGUAACCGAGGAUCAUCCUCAAGUCAGCCCCGACGCAACCGGACGACUCGGACUGACGGUGUGGGCCCCCUACUACCUCCCAAUGGUGGGAGACACUCAACAAGAGGAUCGCGCAGCGCAAGGAGGUGCGGGGGCUAGGGAUCAGCAAUGAAGGCGCCAGGAGAAU